CUCUAGUGGUCCAAUCAAUGGAUAAAUCAUUAUCAUCCACAAAAGAAGAGAUGGUGCAUGUCGAGCUGGUCAAUACUGAUGAUUAUAUUAGUAAACUCUCAAACGAUCUCUUGCUUGAGAUCUUAUCAAACUUGUCGACGGAAGAAGUCAUUAGAACAAGUGUUCUAGCGAAAAGAUGGGUGAAUGUGUGGAAGAAGACGUCUCAUCUAUGUUUGGACAUGCGAAAGAUCGCAAAAGCCACAACUCUUUUGCCGGGUGUUUCUCAUCAAGCAGCUAAUUCAGUGACAAAAGUUAUAAAUGAUCACUGUGGCCAUCUGGAAAGAUGCACAAUCUACCAUGACUCACGCCAAUGUGAAAAUGGGAUGCUGCAGUUUUGGAUUCAGUCACUGGUUAAUGUGAAACACACCAUGGAUCUCACACUUGGAAACUUUUCUCCCGGUUUGAAAUCAAACAACAGAUCCAAUGUCACGCUUGACUUUCCUCCUAGGUCAUUUUCCCAUCCAAGCCUCACAUCUCUCUCGCUAAGCCAGUACAACUUAAAAGCUCCACAUGUUUUCUACGAUUGCUGGAAUUUAAAGAAUCUCAAACUGAUUGGUAUCUCUGCCGAGGUUGAAGUCUUUAAUGCAGUCCUUGUGGCUUGCACUUCUCUCGAAGUGCUUGCACUAGAAAUCACUUGCCACAGGAAAGAUGGUAUUCUGAAGAUUGAUAACCACAACCUAAAGUUCUUAUAUCUAUCCUGUUCUAGGAUAAAAGGCGUUGAGGUGUCUUCACCCAGCCUAGAUAUCCUCUCCAUCGGAUCUCUCUCGUGUGAGAUGGAGAACUUCAUCAUUGCAAGCCCUAGACUCCAUUUUAAUCGAAACUAUUGGGCAACAGGAAAAUUCUUUCCUCACACUAGCUAUUAUAUAUCAUGCCCCCAUCAGGGGGAAGCAAGCAUUGGACAUGAGAUCAUGAUGAACGGAUCCAGCGAUGGUAUGAAAAUGUUUGCAUCAAUGUCAGUGAGUGUAGACUUAACUAAUGCAAAAGAAGUUAAGAUGCUCAAACAAGUGUUAGCUGCAUGGCCUGGAGACAUGCAAGAAGUUGAGAUUUUGUUUAAGAGUAACAAUGCUGCUAGGAAAGAAAGUGAGUCUUCCAUUGGAAAUACACAGAACACGUUUUGGGAAGAUACAAAACCGUUUCCCAGCGCUCAGUUCCGAGCAUAUACUGUAUGGUUGUCUAACUUUAGCGGUUCAAAUGAAGAGUUUGCGCUAGCCUCGCGUAUGAUAACGCAAGGGACGGUAGCAAGGUGUAUGAUGAUUAAACCAUCGUCGGUUUCUCCAGCAAAGAAGUUAGAGAUUGAAGCGGCAAUAGCCAGGCUAAAGGAGCUUCCAAAAGGUCACGAGAACCUUCGUAUCGUGAUGUCCUGAUGAUCUGUUGUUUGAAUCUAGCCAUUGGCUAUAUAACUAGAGAACUCUUCCGAGUCUGGU